GGUGGGUGGGGGCUUGCUCCUGGUCUGCGGCAGCCUGACCUGCACCGCCCUCGUCGUGAAAAGGGAGAGGCGGAAGCGCAAGGACGCCACCAUCGACCACGCCGUUUUCGACGUCGACAAGAGAUCGCCCCUUAAGGAGGCGGCCACCGCCGCGCGCGGAGAGCUCGCCGCCGAGGCUGCGGACAAUACGUCCUUGCCGCCGACUCCCCGAGAGGACCUCGACCGCAGGGUGUAUGACCUGGAUGCCCUAGCGGAGAUCAUCUCAAGGCCCCUGCCCAACGGAGCCGAGCGGGGCGGCAUGGCAGGCGCGGGCGGGCCCUUCACCCCGACGAGGAACUCGCUCUCCCCGGCGGGCGUCGACUGGGCCUUCCACCCGGCCACGAGGGAGGAGUCCGCCAUGUCGGGGUUGUCCGCCGAGCCGAUGGCCAACAGGGCCCACAGGCACGAUAUGUGGUCCUUGGACAUGGAGCCGGUGGAGCACCCGCCCAGCAGCGCAGACGCGCUCGGAUCGCCGGGGCAGCAGUUCAGCGCCCCGGGGAGCCCGCAGUCUUUCCGGAUGACGCUGUGAGCGACGGCGCGGCCGGGGGCAGGCGGCGGCAUUGCGCUCGGUGCUCAAGGUGCGUCCUCGACCCCCCGCAGCUCGGACGGGGCGGCGCUGUCGCCCCCAGCUGCAAUACGCGCCCGCUUUUUUUACAGCAGCACCGGGGCCUGAUUCUCAAACCCCCCCUUUGCUAUCCCCCCCUUUCGCCCGACCCGAAUAUGGCUCCGCGGCUCCCUGCUCCACCAGUUGGCGAUCGUGCAGAGGGCCGUAGGAAUGCCGGAAUCGCGCGCUGGUCGCGUGGCCCCGACUGCCGGGAGGACGAGUGCACGCGGCCGGUCCCCUCAGCUGCUCGGGAGUCGCUCCCUGGACGGUCCUGGG